AUAUAGAAAGAUAUUUUCCAGAUAUGUCCAGCAGGAGGCAGUAUAGCCGUUUCUCGUGUGGUUUGCGGCUGCGCACAAAGUAAUUCCACCUCAAACCCGGAUGAAACCAACGCCUAACUUGUCGGUAGGAAAACGAUGCAGACUAUAAAAUGUGUAGUUGUAGGAGACGGUGCAGUUGGAAAAACCUGCUUACUGAUCUCCUACACAACCAACAAGUUCCCCUCAGAAUAUGUGCCCACAGUUUUUGACAAUUAUGCCGUCACAGUGAUGAUCGGGGGAGAGCCCUACACGCUGGGCCUCUUUGACACUGCAGGUCAAGAGGAUUACGACAGGCUGCGUCCUCUCAGCUACCCACAGACAGAUGUUUUCCUCGUAUGCUUCUCUGUUGUCUCCCCAUCAUCUUUUGAAAACGUCAAAGAGAAGUGGGUUCCCGAGAUUUCUCACCACUGUCCAAGCACACCUUUCCUGUUAGUGGGAACGCAAGUAGACCUCCGGGAAGACAGCAACACAGUUGAUAAGCUGACUAAGAACAAACAGCGCCCCCUGUUCCCUGAGAGCGGGGAGAAGCUGGCACGAGAGCUCAGAGCUGUCAAAUAUGUCGAGUGCUCUGCACUCACACAGCGAGGACUGAAGAACGUGUUUGAUGAAGCCAUACUGGCAGCUCUGGAACCACCUGAGAUCAAAACUAAGAGGAAAUGUGUUCUCCUAUAAAGAAAUGCCAACAAUGAGAGGUGUUGGAGGUGUAAGAAAUCACAGGCAAAUUUCAACGGAAACGUCCAUGGUUAUUUGGGAGGAAGAAAAUAAGGACAAACCAAAGAGUGUGGGAAGAACAGUGCCAUAGAGAUUUUUUCUGACACGUGUUCACUGAUUGUACCUUCUGAACCAACUUUUUAAGAGGCCUCCAACAUGCCAUAUUUGUCCUUUUACUGAAAGCUUUUAGAAACUACUGUAUUCAGGUGCCCUUGCUCCCCUUUUCCCUUACUGCUAACUGUAAUGGUUCAAUGCUGUAUUUUAUUUGUUAAUGGAAAUAUUCAUUUAUAAAGUCCCCAUUGUUCUCAUUGUGCUUUACGAAAGCAGGAUAGAGACUGAAGCAACAUGUUAAGACUUAAAUGUUAAGUGGUACUCUUGGAAGUUUUCUUUUCUGCCCUCACUGGAUUAGCUAAUGCAAAUCCAAAGGUUUUAUCGUCAAUCCAAACAAAUCUAUCAUGUUUCUUUCCCUCACGGCUAAGUGCAUUCUCAAAUUUUUGUUUUCUUUAUCUUGUUUUCUCUGUAUGAGUUGUUCGGGGAAAUCUUUUAGCCUUUUUGAUUUUAAAUUUAUUUAGUUUCCUGAUUAUAUUUUUAAUGGUUAGAUGACCAACAGCAAAUGAUUUGAAUAAAAAAAAAUAAAUAAAAUGUGAUAUUUUUGAUAAAACUUGAUAUAAGAUGAUAAAUCUUUUUAGAAAUUUUCAGGGUGUAAGCGAUCAGAGAAUAUUUUUAAUAAAAUUGUUUAUUAUCUAAA